AUGGCAUUAGACGAAACAACUCCUGCUACAGCGACUGGAGAGGAUGAUUCCACGACAGCUCAACCUCUGCAUCCAGUCACGCACUGGGAGCAAUUGAAUGAGGAAGAGGAGGCGCAGGAUAACGAUGCCGACUCUGUCAUCUCCGCCCCCGCCGAGUCGACAGCGUCAAUGACUUCGAGCAUUUUGUCGUACCGAACCAUUCAAGGACGAACGUUUCACUCAGAAAGAGGAAAUGCUCAAUACUGGGCUUCCAAUGAUGAACAGCAGAAUGAGUCUAUGGAUAUAGUACAUCAUUUCCUCAGCCUUCUACUUGAUGAUAAACUAUUUCUAUCGCCUUUGAAGGAUAAUAUACAGUCAGCUCUGGAUAUUGGAACCGGAACAGGUAUUUGGGCUAUUGACUUCGCCGACCAAUUCCCAGGCGCAAAAGUCGUAGGUACCGAUAUCUCACCUAUCCAGCCGUCAUGGGUUCCACCGAACCUCGAAUUCCACAUCGACGAUUGUACGCAGCCAUGGACAUUCGCUCCAGAUUCCAUCGACUUUGUUCACAUGCGCUAUCUGUUUGGCAGCAUCAAAGACUGGUCAGCCUUAUUUAAAGAAGCGUUCCGGACAUGUAGACCCGGCGGCUGGGUCGAAAGUCACGAGGCUUCAGCAAUGAUGGAGAGCGACGAUGGAACCGUCACAGAUACCAGCGCUAUGCAUGAAUGGGGAAGAUUCUUUAUCGAGGGGGGGAAGAAGAUGGGACAGCCGUGUACCAUCAUCGAAGAUGACCUUCAGCAAAAGUGCAUGCGCGAGGCUGGCUUUGAGGAUAUUCAAAUCGCUGAUUACAAGAUUGCUAUCGGUGGGUGGGCAAAAGAUAAGAAGAUGAGAGAGAUUGGUCAGUAUGUUCUAGCCGCUCUGGAGCAAGACUUUGAAGGCUACGUCUUGUACAUGGCAAGCCAGCUCUUGGGCUGGUCUAUGCAGGAAGUCAAGGUAUACUGCGCGCAGCUGCGCCGUGAGCUUAGAUCGACUGCGAACCAUCCUUUCUUUCGUUACCGCGCGGUUUAUGGUCGAAAGCCACAGACUUCUUGAAUCGGGUUUAGAUAUCAACAUUCAUUUAAUACGAUAUCUCUUCGCUUAUUCAUUGAAUCUAUCGAGACGAAAAUGCUCAAGAUUUGGAUCCAUCUCGCCCGUGAGGAUCUGUUUGCUGAGCAGUUCUCCGACAAUAGCAGCGUUUGUAACACCAGAGUGCAUGACAGCGACACUGACCGCUUCCAGGCCAGUUGGGCCAAUGAUUGGCAGGCCGUCUUUAGGAGUCGGCUUGUAACCCACUGUGUAAUAGUCAAACUCAAUGGUCUCUCCCCCAACCAGCGUUGAUCGGACCUUGGAGAAGACUUGAUGUGCCAUUGCUUCCGGAUCGUCGCCUGGGUCAUCGCCUGGAUUCUCGCAGCCCGCCUUGAUGAUUCCAUCUGAUGUCUGCCGAAUGUAUAGAUAUUUCGAGUUGACUACAUGCCUGACCAAGCUUUCAUUAGUCGGUUUCGAGUUUACAAUCAGCGCUGGUACCGAGGUGAUAGGGACUGUGAUUCCUUCAGUCGCCAGAAGGGGCACACUACCCAGCCCAGCAGCCACGACAACAUGAUCGCCAGAGAUCUCCUCGCCAGAAGCCAGCUUGACUCCCUUGACGCUUCCACUCUCCUGGAGAAGCCCCUUAGCUGUCGCUCUGAUUACUUUCACGUUGCCUUGGGCUUCUGCAUUCGCCACGAGCAUCUGAGCGACAACAUGGGCUUCCAUAGCACCCUCUUCAGGGUAGUAGAGGGCCCGAUCUGGCAAGGUAGACUGAUCAAAGAAUGGCUCUUGCUUAGAAACUUGGGAUUUCUUCAUGUCGGCGAUAUCGUAGCCCCAAGCAGUGAGGUUACUCUCGGUCUUCGCCAGGACCUCAGUGGGUUUGUGCCAAUUAAUGGAGCCACUCCAGGAGAUUGGAAGGUCUGGAAGCUCCGUAUGGAUCUGUUUCCAUCUCUGUAGGGAUCGACGGCGAAACUCGUAGUAGAACUUUUGGCUGACGGAGCUCGCAUUGAGCCAAGCGAAAGAGGCUGUGGAGGCGGGCCCACCAAUGUCCUCUGCAAUGACGGUUACGCUAGUGUGUUGAGCCAGGUGCCAGGCGAUUGCGGCACCAAUAAUACCGCCGCCAACGACAAUGAUGUGAGGUUGAGCGGAAGUUGCC